ACUGCGCACAUGCCCGCCCUCACCCUCAACGCCAGAAGUGUCCACUCGCCUUCUACUAGCAUGGCAACAUCCUCCCAAUAUCGCCAGCUGCUGAGUAACUACAGGCCACCAUCACUAGGCUACACCCAGGGAACUGGAAAUAGCCAGGUGCCUCAGAGUAAAUAUGCAGAGCUGCUGGCCAUCACUGAAGAGUUGGGAAAAGUGAUCAGACCCAUGUAUGCGGGGAGCAAGAGUGCCAUGGAAAGACUAAAACGAGGCAUCAUUCAUGCCCGAAACCUGGUUCGGGAGUGCUUGGCUGAAACCGAACGUAAUGCCAGGUCCUAGCCCCUGACCUGUC